AUGUCGUCCGAGGCCUUAUGCAAGAGCCUGAAGCUUGCGCUGCGUAUCAAUUCCAGCGGCGGUUCUGCCGCUGGCAGCAGGGAGGAUGCAGCCAGCCAUCGCCGUCCGGAGCCGUGCCCGAGCGUUUUCGUUCCGGGUCCUCCUGUGGGCAUGGCGGCGUUCCCAAUGGCCAUGCCGCCGCCGGUGGCUAUGCGGAGCCGGGACCCAAGGGCAGUUUACCCCUGCCCUUCGUCGAUCACGCCUUCUCCGCUGCCCCGGUGCCCGUCGCCGAAACACCUGCCGUCUGAGGGCCACACCAGCGUCAUGGCGCCGUCGGCUGCUGCCUGUGUGGGCAACGCACCGCUGCGCGAGCGAGACCCAUCGAUAUCGGAACAGCGCGCCCUCCUUCUGACCAAGCACGGCAACGUGGAUGCUGACCUGCUGGACCAGGCGCUAUCGGACUGCUACGGCCGCUUCGUGGCUCUGCUGCCGGAGGAGGUGCUGAGCGACCACGUGCGUCUGUGCUUUUACCUGCGCGAGGCGUACUGGUGGUACUGCGACAAGUGGGUUGUGCGCCACCCGAAGAAGCUUUGCCCGAUGAAGUUCGGCGCGUUCCUGACCCUGGUCUGCGACGACUGCCCGCUGCUGCGCGCCUUCAUCAGCGACGAGGAGGAGAAGGUGCUGCUGGACAAUUGGUCGAAGUACAACCAGAAGAUACCGCUGCGCGGUUGUAUGGUGAUGAACAAGACCUGUGACAAGGUGCUGAUGGUGCAGAGCUACAACAGCCACAACUGGACCUUUCCGCGCGGGAAGACGGACGAGGCGGAGGACGACAGCGCGUGCGCGGCCCGCGAGGUCCUGGAGGAGGUGGGCCUGGACGUGCGGCAGCUGAUCCACCCCGAGGUGUUCGUGGAGCACGUGAGCAACGGGCGCACGCUGAAGCUGUUUUUCGUGCCGGGCGUCGACGAAGACACGAAGCUCGGCUCCAACACUGAGUACGAGAUCGGUGAGAUCAAGUGGAUACCGCUGUCAACGCUGGUGGAGGCGCAGAAGAAGCAAAUGAAGCACUUCCGUCUGUUCGACGUGACGCAGUUCGUGAAGGGCCUCUGGGAGUUCGUGCGCGACUUCCGCGGCGGGGAGCUGCGGGAGCACUUCCCCACCGCGUACGCAAACUUCUGCCGCGUGAGAGACAGUGCGGAGGAGCUGCCGUCGCUGGACGAGCACAGUCUCGACAACCCGUGCUCGACGUCGGCCGGUGAGCACAGGGCGCAGCUUUCCAAGUUCCAGUUCGACGACCAGCACAAGGUGGACCUGUGCUACGAGACGUUCGGCGAGGCGAGCGGCUGGUCCGCUGACGAGAUGUUCAGGGUGAACCAGGAGAAGUUCGGCGUGCAGUCGACCUACCGACAGCCGAACGCGGCGGCCAAAUAUCGCUCACCCCCGCGCCGAAAGCUGAUACCAUUCGACCCGGAAUCAUUUAUGUCUUAA